CCUAGAAGGAGGAACACUAUUCGAACCUUGCUUACCUGUCAUGGAAAGUCAAAAGAGAGACGAAACCGAAAUACUUACUACCAGGUUUGUCGACCAAAAGUUUGCGAAAACUAUUUUGCGAAAUUCUCCGAAUCCAAUUUCUGGUUUCCCAUUAUGGCUUAGGAUUUUCCUUUGUCACUAGACAGUACUCAGACUCUUUUUUUUGAGUGAACUCAUCAUGUUUGAGAUCAUCUGGCUGAAGAAGAUUUGGUUAGUCUACCUCUAACUUGCUACGACCAACAACAAGGCGACCAACAACAAGGCGACCAACAACAAGGGGACCAACAACAAGGGGACCAACAACAAGGGGACCAUCAUGAUCAUCAAGAAGGUCAACUUCUCGAACGUGGCAUGUCCUCUCCAAGUCGCCGAACUCGUCAUCCUCUAUAUCGGUUUGAGCCGCCCGCCGACAAGCAUUAUUUAGGAUCCAGAGGAGAUGAUCGAGAUGAUGAAAACGAAACUGAAGGAGGAAAAGCAGGAGAACGAGAGUUAUCCUCGUCUCGUGGGUCACGUGGAAUUAUAUCAUCGGAACCUACAACAGGAGCAAGAAGUUCGCGGGUAAAAACUGCGAGUCCCGGGCGUGGCCCGACGAGUUCUGGGACGACUGCAAGGAGAGGCGCUGGACAUCAAACAGUUGUCACAAGAAGUAGGGAGAAUUCUGCAGACACUAGAGCAGAUGUGGAUAUAACUACUGUGGAUGACAGGAGUGGAGCACCUCUAAGACUGCCAAGCACAUCAAGUGGCACAGUAAUUGGGUCACGGUCCUCAAGUCAAAAUGCAGCAGGAGGCAGGAGAAACCCCUUAUCACCAACCGCUCCUCUUGCAAAGAGGAAAAUGGAUGCGCAUCAGCAGCACUCUCCUGAUGUACUCAAUGUGAAGAAUGUCACGUCGACCCAGCAGCAUGCAAGUAGUGCAAGUGGAGGAGGUGGAUGUGGAGGAGAAGGAGGAGGAGGAAACUCCUCCUCUUCUAGAAUCGUGUCCAGAACCUCGAAUCUCAUCGAAGAUAUGUUCAGUGGAAGCGAGAGUGACGAUGAAGGCAACGAUAAUCAGAAUGACAGUUCCGAAGAUGUUGACGAGCCUGUUGUACCCGCGACAGCAACUAGAACUGGCACUUCUUUACCGCAGCUUCUGUCAGGCAGAACAAUCGUCCAGGUUGCUUCCACGUUUGAACAAGGAGGAGGUGUAGAAGAUGAGCACUUACGUCUGAAAUCUAUCGUACCUUCCUCACCUCCCCCUCCGAGACCAAUGAGUGGGCGGAUCACAAGAGGAUCGGCUUCUAGAGGACCUCAAGGGGACUUCCUCGAUGCAGAUGUGAAUAUGUCCCCACGCGAGG